ACUACACUUAUCGGUCGGCUAUCGGUUGGCCACCACAAGUUGCCUCAGCAAGAAAACAUAAAAUUGCUAAUUAUUUAAAAGAAACAAUUCUAAAACAAUCAUAUUCAGCGAAGGUAUUUAAGGACUAGACGCUUCAGCUCUGGCGUUAAGAAAAUCAAUCAUAUUUCAAGCCGCCUAUUUUUGUGAUUUUUGUAAAUGAGAUUCUACAUGCAUACCUAUUAAGUAGUUAAGCAUGGAUGUACCAGUGCCUGAGGCAUGCGUGCUGUGCCUGGAGGAGAAUGCCCUCUCCCUGGACCGCUAUUUGGACAUCUACUCGACGGAGGGCGCACAACUGAAUGUAGUGCAGAUAAUCAACAAGCAUUUUCCCAUGCAGCUGGAUGCAAGCAGGGGAGGUGCACGAAAGAUAUGUACACACUGCUGGGGCACUGUGUCCGCAUUCAAUGCGCUGCACGAGUUUGUCAGCGCCGCACAGAGUUCGCUGCAGGACGCGAAGGUGCUGCCCAUGGAGGAUGAUCCCUUGACGCAGGGCAACUUCAGCGAGGCACCCAAACAGAAUCAGGAGCAAGUCGAACAGAACGGUCGCAAUUUCUUCUAUCCCGAGGUUAAGAUUGAGGAGCAUGAGCUGGAACAGCUGCCAAAAAUAGAGGUGCUCGAAAGCACGACCAGACCGCAAACGGUGGAUGUUGAUGCGUCUCCAGUGAGACGAUUGCGCAAGCGCGUCAAGGCCGAAGCUGAAACACCAAGUGUGGAGGCGUGUGAAGACAGCAAUCAGGAUUCAACCAUACCCACUGAGGCGCCGAAAAAGCGUCGCGGGCGACCGCGUAAAAUAGACUUAAUCCUCAAGGACUCGCCAAAUGUCACGCAAGCUGAACCAACUGUUGACUUAGAUGCAGAUUUAAAAGCAGAACCACUUGCCGAUCUUAGCGACGAUGAUCAGGAUCAGGAUUUCUCCAGCCAACUCGAUGAUGGUGUCGCGCGCAGCGAGGAUAGCAGCGAUGAGGAGAGUUCAGAGAGCGAUGACGAUUCCGAUUUUACGGUGGACAAGCCCAGCGAAAGCGAUUUCGCUGUCAUACCGAAGCGGACGACAGUGCGGCCCAAGAAAUACAAGAAGCGGACGAAGCCGGCGGAGCCGAAAGUCCGCAAAUCUCGCGAGCAGCAGGAACAGCGCAAGAAGCAACAAGAGGAAUUCGAUGGCAUCAUUGCCAAGUUCUUUAACGACGUGUUGCCGUGCUCCAUUUGCAAUCUGUUGGUCCAUAAUUUUACGGAAAUGCAACGACAUCAUCGUCUCACACAUCAGGUAGAUCCGGGCUAUGUGAUUUGCUGCGGCCGGAAGUUCACGCAGCGCAAGGUGCUUGCCGAGCACGUGCUGGUGCACUGGAAUCCGGAUCACUUCAAGUGCACAACCUGCGAGAAAUCAUUCCAAAACUCACGACAUCUGGAGUCGCAUCAGCAGAUACACAUGGCCAAGCUCUCCUUCCAAUGCGAAAUAUGCUCAAAGGUCUUCACCAGCAAAACGGCCAUCGAGUAUCAUAAGCUGAACAAACAUGUGCCCAAAUCCGAGUUCAAAUUCACGUGCACAGAGUGCAAUAAGAAAUUCCUGACCGAACGCAAGCUGAAGAAUCACAUGAACUCCAUGCACGAUCCAGAACGGAUAAUCAUAUGCGACAAGUGCGGCAAGCAGAUGCGCACCAAAAUCAUUUUGAAAAAGCAUCAGGAGCUCAUGCAUUCGGACACGCCGCGACCGGAGCCAGAGUUGAAGCAGUGCCAGAUCUGUGGUGCCUGGCUGAAAGGCAUGACCGGUCUGAAGCAGCACAUGAAGAGCAUUCACGUGGAAAGCGCCGGCGAGCAUCGUUGUCAUGUGUGCAGCAAGGUUUCACCGAAUGCCCGCGCUCUGCGUCGCCAUAUUUAUCACAAUCACGAAUGCGAGCGCAAGUUCAAGUGUACCAUGUGCCAUAAGGCAUUUAAACGACCCCAAGAACUAAAGGAGCACACAUCCACGCACACCGGCGAGGUUCUAUAUACGUGUCCAAACUGUCCGAUGACGUUCUUCUGCAGCGCCAACAUGUAUAAGCAUCGGCAGCGUUUGCAUCGGGCACAGUACGAGGCGGACAAGAAUCAGCCAAAGCCACCCAAUAUUCUGCAGCAGGCGGUGGGUGCCACAGCCGCCAUGAAGAUGCAACGCAUUCAGCACACGACUGUGGCCAGCAUAGAAUCGGACUUGAAGCAUUUUUAGACCAUAGAAUUCAUAUGUAUUAAGUCCUUUAGUUUACUUAUUUUUUUAAACUAUAGUCAGAGUUUAACUUAGCAUUUUGUAAUGUAAUGUGUAAUGUAAUGAAAGAAAUUAAAGAAAUGUCGAUGUCGACGCACUUUGAUA